GUGAGGAGGCAAGGCUGUGUUGUGUUGUGAGUGCCUGUGUGGCGGGUGUUGUGAGUGACUCUGCGGCGGUGACUAGACUUAAGAACUCUGCCGUGGCUGUGGUGAAGGUCCCUGGUGCAUGUGUGGCCGUGCUGGUUGUGGUCUCCUAACACAAACACACACACACAAGAGGAGCACAGCCGCCCGCCACUAUGAGUUAUAACAGGGGUCGUGGGUUUGGCUUUGGGGGGUUCUCCUUUGCCAAGAAACAGGAGGCCAUCCCACCGCCACCCAAUGCCGCACUCAGCAAACACGGCUACCACACCAUGACCGCCAUCAGCCAGAAUGCAAUAUCAGGUGGCUGUGGGUACGGACAGCCACGCAAGAGACCAAGAGAUGAGGACGAGUACUUUGACGAUGAGGACGAGAGCUUUGAGGGAGCAUAUCAGCCAGCGCCGGGCAGCCCCGGACCACAGCGCAAGGAAUCCUCAGACUCAGAUGAGGAUCCGCUGGAUGCCUUCAUGGCUGGCAUUGAACAGGAGGUGAAGAGGACGAAGGUGAAGGGCAGUGAGGACAAGAAGGAGAUGAAGGGUGUGCGUGACGACAUAGACGAAGAGGAUGAUGAGGAGUCCUACUACAGAUACAUCCAGGAGAACCCCAAUGCUGGCAGGCAACAGGAAGACAGUGAGGAUGAGAUAGAGUACGAUGAGGACGGCAACCCCAUCGCCCCCAAAAAGCCCAAAUAUAUUGACCCCCUUCCCCCCAUCGACCACUCCACCAUCCAGUAUGCUGAGUUCACCAAAAACUUCUACCAGGAACACGAGGACAUUGCAGCUCUUGGCCCUGGCCAGAUGCACGAGCUGCGGACCAAGCUGGGCAUCAAGGUCACUGGCUUUGAUGCGCCCAAGCCAGUCACAAGUUUUGGCCACUUUGGCUUUGACGAAGCGCUGAUGAAGUCCAUCCGCAAGUCUGAGUACACGCAGCCCACCCCCAUCCAGGCUCAGGCUGUGCCCAUUGCCCUGAGUGGCCGCGAUGCCAUCGGGAUUGCCAAGACCGGCAGUGGCAAGACGGCAGCUUUCAUCUGGCCCAUGCUGGUUCACAUCAUGGACCAGAGAGAACUGUCUCCCGGCGAGGGCCCCAUUGGCCUCAUCCUGGCACCCACGCGUGAGUUGGCGCAGCAGAUAUACACAGAGGCACGCAGGUUCGGCAAGGUGUACAACAUCCAGGUUGUGUGUGCCUAUGGUGGUGGCAGCAAGUGGGAGCAGAGCAAGGGGCUGGAGGCAGGGGCAGAGAUUGUCGUGGCCACACCCGGCCGGAUGAUUGACAUGAUCAAGAUGAAGGCAACCAACCUGCAGCGUGUCACCUUCCUGGUGCUGGACGAGGCAGACCGUAUGUUUGACAUGGGAUUUGAGCCUCAGGUGCGGUCAAUAUGUGAUCAUGUGAGGCCGGACCGACAGACACUGCUCUUCUCUGCCACCUUCAAGCGCAAGGUGGAGAGGCUGGCGCGUGAUGUACUGACGGAUCCAGUGAGGGUGGUGCAGGGUGAGCUGGGUGAGGCAAACCAGGAUGUGACACAGAUCAUCAAGCUGCUCAACUCCAGCAACCACAAGUGGCUCUGGUUGACGAAACACCUUGUGGAGUUCAUGUCGGAGGGCAGCGUUCUCAUCUUCGUCACCAAGAAGGCCAACGCGGAGGAGCUAUGCAACAGCCUCACCACCAAGGAGUAUGACGCGCUGCUCCUGCACGGCGACAUGAGCCAGUACGAGCGAAACGAGGUCAUCACGGGGUUCAAGAGGAAGGACAAGCCCAUCCUGGUAGCCACAGACGUCGCCGCACGUGGUCUGGACAUCCCACACAUCCGCACUGUUGUGAACUACGAUGUGGCGAGGGACAUUGACACUCACACCCAUCGUAUUGGUCGAACAGGCCGUGCUGGGGAGAAGGGCACAGCGUACACCCUUGUGACAGACAAGGACAAGGAGUUUGCUGGCCAUCUGGUGAGGAACCUGGAGGGGGCGGCACAGGAGGUCCCCAAGGAGUUAAUGGAGCUGGCCAUGCAGAGCUCCUGGUUCCGCAAGUCCAGGUUCAAGCAGGGCAAGGCGAAGGCACUCGGGGGACGUGGCCUUGGCUUCAGGGAGCGGGCCAGGCCUGGGCUCAAAUCCUGGGAUGGGUAUGGGGGCAGUGGUGGAGGUGGAGGUGGGGGGCCAGCAGCAGUUGGGCCAGCUGGUCAGGCAUAUGGGGGUGGUGACCCCAGCAUGACGGGGCCAGCAACCAACCGCCUGGCAGCCAUGAAAGCAGCGUUCCACUCCCAGUAUAAAAGUCAGUUCACCGCUGCAAGUGCUGACACCUCAUGGACAAUAGACCGACCCACACAAUCCCAGGCCAGCCAGCGCCGCAGAAAGUCAAGGUGGGACGACUAGAUACCUCCAUCAGUCAGUCCUCCCUGUGACCUGUGACGGCGAUGAGUGAUGGACCGGCUGGCUGGACAGACAGACGACCCAGCCUUGGCGAUGCAGUAUUAUGUCUCAGCUCUCCAUCAGAAUGUCAUCACAUCCUAUACUACUACACCACCUC